AUGUAUCGUGAUUUAGGCUACUACUGGCUUCACCUUGCAAUCUACAUUACAUUAUGUUUAUGUGUUGGGACUAUUUUCCAUGAUAUUGGCUUCACCUUUGGCUCAAUUCAGGCUAGAGGAUCCAGGCUCAUGUUUGUUGCAGCAUUCUUGACAUUCAUGGCAAUAGGAGUAUUCCCUUCUUUUGUUGAAGACAUGAAGGUAUUUGGCUGGGAAAGAUUAAAUGGACAUUAUGGGGUCAGAGCAUUUGUCGUUGGAAACACCAUUUCAUCCAUCCCCUACUUGUUUAUGAUCUCUUUAAUCCCAAGAGCAAUAGCUUAUUACCUUGUUGGACUUCAAAAGAGUCUUGGUCACUUCGCCUACUUUGUCAUAUUGCUCUUCACCACCAUGAUACUGGUUGAGAGCUUGAUGAUGACCGUUGCAAGCAUUGUGCCCGAUUUUCUCAUGGGAAUCAUUACGGGAGCUGAUAUUCAAGGGGUGAUAAUGUUAAACGGUGGCUUCUUCCGGUUGCCAAAUGAUCUUCCUAAACCUUUCUGGAGGUAUGUCAUGUACUACAUUGUAUUUCACAAGUAUGCAAAUCAAGGAUUCUACAAGAAUGAAUUUGAAGGAUUAAGUUUCCCCAACAAUCAAGCUGGGGUAUCUCCCACCAGUACUGGUGAUGAAGUUUUGAGAAGCUUUUGGCAUGUUGAAAUGGGAUACUCUAGAUGGGUUGGUGUUGGAAUCUUGUUUGGCAUGGUGGAUAUAUGCCGUCUUUUGUUUUGGGGAAUUAUUAAUACCAUUGAUAAGGUUAAACCUCUUAUCAAAUCUUAUAUGGCGGUCCCUCCUAAGUAUUCAAGUCAGAUAUUAGAAAAUCCAUCUGCUAUUUCUUCAUCAUAA